GGAGACAGUGUGACCCUGACAUGCUUCUGUCCAGAAGAUGUUUCUUAUGUUGCUUGGUUCAAACAAGCUGUUGGUCAGAAGCCCCAGCUCAUGGCGAAAGCACUUCUCUACGUACCUGGUGAAUUUUACAAGGAAUAUAAAAGCAUAAAACGUUACUCCUUACUGAAUGCAGAGGGGAGUUUUAACCUCACUAUUUCUAACGUGGAGCCGUCAGAUUCUGCAGUGUAUUAUUGUGCUGCUGUGUUUCUUCAUGAGGUCACCUUUGGGAAUGGAACCUUUGUCAUAACCACAGGUAAAGACUCCAACAGCAGGACUGUGGUACAGCAGCCUGUGUCUGACACAUUGCAGCCAGGAGACUCUGUGAGUCUGCAGUGUACGAUAGAGACUGGGAGCUGUGCAGGAGAACACAGUGUUUACUGGUUCAGACAUGGAUCAGGAGAAUCCCUUCCUGGAGUCAUUUACAGCCACGGAAACAGCAGUGAUGAGUGUGAGAAGAGCCCUGAGGCUGGAUCUCCUACACGGAGCUGCGUCUACAGCCUCCCCAAGGGGAACCUCAGCCUCUCCGAUGCUGGGACUUACUACUGCGCCGUGGCCAUGUGUGGGGAGAUGCUGUUUGGCAAUGGGACCAAGCUGGAUAUAGAU